AAAAAUGGCGGACAGCAGCAUUGGAGUCGGUAAAUGAAGUGUGUUUUGGUGUUUAUUAUGCGAACCUGCUGGAAUAUGAACCGAAUUCUGCAGCGAUAGAAACCAGUUCGGUAGGUGCACUGUGUUUUUGCUCUUUAGGACGCUUAUUGACGGUAAAACGAUAAAAACAUGUAGCCGCAGAGACACACACAGAGUCUGGAAGUGUUUUCAUUGUGUAACAGUGUUCAUAACAGAGGAGCUCUGAUACCUGUUUCACUGGACCAAAACUUUAUCGAACCUCAAACGAAAGGAGCUUGUAAUUUAAUAAUAAAAGCCUCGGUCGAUCUAUAUUAUGAGGAUUCAGCUUAGAACAGGGACUGAUGUGAACUGUGAAAACCUCACUCAGGUUUAUGGGACAGGAUAACACAUGACUCUGGAGUCCUGAGCAGAGGUGUUACCAGUUUAUGAAAUACAUGGGAUGGUCUUCAGACAGGAUAAGACCCGGUCUGAAGGGGCUGCUGUUAUAGAAUCAGGCAAAUGAGGGUUGACAGGUGCCAGAUCUACUGAGACCCAGAGAGGUCCUAGAGAAGCCAACAGUCAGUCAUAAUCCAACACCCAAAGUCAUAUCAAAUACUUUAAAGAAAGCAUAAUAACAGAAAAUUCUUAUGGAAAUUGCAACUGCAUAUGAAAAAUAUGCAGGGGAGAGUGGGUUAAGUUGAGCCACCCCCUGUUGCUUGGAAAUAGUAAAAGCUCAAAAACUCAACAACACAUUAAAAAUAUAGUUAUUCACUGUAAUUGCUUGUGUACUGAUGUUUUAAUAACAAUGUAUAACUUAAUAAACUAACUCUUUCUUUUCCCCUGUCUACAGUCUGACCAUGAGUAGCCGGAGGAAGCGUGCCCCUCCUGUGAGGGUGGACGAAGAUGCCAAGAAGAAGCUGAACUGGAACAUGCUGGAUGACCGUAAGAAUGAGGCGGUCCAGGAAGAAGACCUGACACCAAGCUGCUCAAUUAUUCCAGCCGAGCCGACCCCCAGCAGUUCUUUUUUCUCAAAUACAGAGGACGUCCCAGAGGUUGCCUCCACCAGCACUGUCAGGUUUACAGAGGAACUACCAGGUCCAUCUUCAGACAGCACUUCCACCACCACCUCUCUGUCCCUUACCGUGGAGCCAGCUGUGAAGCCCGGCCACAUCUGGAAGGCGCUUAUCGGAGAGUUCAGCAUCCAGCCGGCUUGGAGCCCCUCGGACUGUGAACAGAGAGCGUUCGUUCUGCACAGGAUGGGCGAGCAGCUGUGUCUGAGUUACAGCAGCAGUGAUGAGAGUUCAGGGCUGCAGUGGAGGCCUGAUGAGGACUCUUGUACAGCGGAGUGCAGCCUCAGUGUGAUCCCCCUGGAGGACCUCGACUGGAUGCAGAAGAGGAGGGUGGUGCAGCUCUGCCACCAGAGGAAAGAAGGAUCUGUGAAGGUAUGAAGAUGUUUCAGGUUUACAUGUAAACAGGAAGUUGUCUUCAGUGUGACUGUGCAGCCUUUUGUAUGCUUUUAAGAACAUUUGCAAAAAUCUAGUCCCACAGUAAAAAAUAAAAUAAAUAUAAAAUAAAAAAAUCAAUUAGUUGUUUUCGUGUGCAUGUUGCAGGUAGGAAUUUACCUGCUGGAGACUGGGCUCGGGAAGCCAGAGUUCCUCAGUGAGGGAAAUGCACGGCUGAAGAAAGCGAAUCAGCUAAUGCAGAGGCUAAUGGAGUAUUUUUACGAUUUUAUCAUUCCUGGUAAGUUUCUGUUAGCUACCCUGACAGUGAGACCAUCAUAUUCAGGGGAAAACAACAGCUGAUAAUUACAAUAAUCAUUUAUUUAACUUCCUCCUCUCUGAUGUAUUCCCACGCAGAGGUUGUGGAGAAUGAUGAGGAGGAAUGCGACACCGACCUGGAGAGACAAAACGUUGAAGAGCUUUACGACUUUGUCAGACAUCUCCACCAGAGAGAGAGCAGCGAGGUGACCUAUGACGUCCAGCACAAAGCUCUUAUUCCUAUCCUCAGACUGUAUCAGAGCCAGGCCGUCAACUGGAUGCUGCAGAGAGAGAAAUUCAGAAACUCUACACCUAAAGGUACUGGCGUCUUGACUUUUCAAACUGUGUGUUGCUGAUUUGAUUUGCAGAAGGACUGACUGAUGGUCUUAGUUUAUAGUUCCAGUCUAGGAAACUUAAAAAAAAGGGAAUUUUGAAGAUUCUCUUGCGCUGAAAUUCAGGAACUUUUCCUUGAAGCAGAAAGAGUGUGAGCAACAGAGCUGUCACACUUAAAUUUAAGGGUUCAUGUUGUUGUUAUUGAUCUUGAUAAUAUUUACUCUCUCUUUGCAGAACAAACAAUGCAUUUCCUCUGGCGAGAGUUGAUCACUUUGUGUGGAAAGAAGUUGUUCUACAACCCUUUUACUGGCUGGUAAGAUAGAAAUCCUUAAUGUUUAACAAUCAGAUUAACUUAAUAAAAGUACUUUUGUUUAUUUACCAUUAAUGCUGUUAUUGAAAAGGCCAUGAAAGAGAUGAAAUGAAUACUCAUGCCUCUUUACAUCUUUAAAAGACCAUCAGAGACUUGAUUAGUUUAUUAUUUUUUAACAGUUUUUAACACCUGUUAGUCCUUUUUUUAAAAUAUCUGUUUGAUACUGACUCUGUCUGCAUGUAGAGUAGGUUGUACAUUAGAAAUUGAAAGUAAAGAAUUAUCAGUUUUUGUUGGAAAAUACUGGCUGUUUAGACAUAAACAGAACAAGACCACCAGAGCGGUAAAUCGUCCAGGUUAGAGGUGCCAAAAUCUGCACAACCUGAAAGCUCACCACAAAAGUUCACUUCCUUUUAAUUACAUUGUCCCUGGUGAGGUUUCUUUAUUCGCUUAUUUUUAGUUUUAAUGCUUUUGUUUGUUUGUUUCUAUUUUUUGCAGCUUAAUCCGAGAAUUUCCUCUGGCGGGUGUUGAGUGGCCUGGUGGGAUUUUGGCGGAUGAAAUGGGUCUAGGCAAGACUGUGGAAGUUCUGGCUCUCAUUCUGUUUCACACCCGUCAGGACGUGGAGCAGGAGGCCCUCACUCUGCCUGUGGUGAGCGUUACUCCGCAUCUACAGCUGGAAUGAAGAACAUCUCCUAAACCUUCUCCUCUAUUAUUGUUGUAGUCUCCUCUUUGUCACAGAUAAAAACACAUUUUCCUCUCUUGUUCCAACAGGGUAAAUCUGUCAAUUAUUUUAUACCUCCUCCUCCUCUUGAGAGGAAUCAAGUCAAUCGGCGCAAGUCGGACCCUCAGCCUAAAAUAAAGAUCUCCUACCCGAGUACGUCACCCGUGAUCUACUCAGAAAUAACAGUUUUUACUGAGGCUGCAGUUUGGUUUUAAUUCUGCUGCAUUAUGUUUCGUGCAGCUGUUCGUGUCAUGCUCCUCACUGCCAUCAAGGAGAUGAGAUCAGGAAAAGGCGCCUCCGUCAACGCCAUCUUCACCUACAUCCGAGCCACCUAUGGUUAUGACCUCUUGAAGAACCGCAACCACAUCAAGAAGACCCUGAUGAAACUGAUAGAUGAGGGUCUGGUUACCCGGGUGAAGGGUCGAGGCUUGGCAGGGUCGUUCAAACUGGGAAAAAACUACAAAGAAACAAAGAAGACAUUAGCAGCAGCCAAGUUUGUAAGAAUAAAGAGCAUCAAUUUUCCAUUUUUUUAGAUAUAGUGCUACUUUUUGGGUUGUUUUGUUUGACUUUUUCCGAUUUCUUUGUUGUUAGAGUCCCAAAACCUCAGAGAGCUCGCCCAGGAAAACAUUUCAGAGACGAGCGAAAGAAAAAGCAGAGGCAGCGCUGCAAAGUUCUCUUUCAGAGGAUCAAACAGAUCUGCUCUCCCCUACAUCUGACUGUCUGGCAUCAGGGGAAAAAGAAACAAAGAAAGAAUGGGAUGAAAGUCUGAGCGAGAAAAUAGAUCAGACCGAUGACACACUGGAAAAGUCCACCCCAGCCUCCCAGAUGUCUGAGGAUAAAAGCGAGUCAGAUACACAGGGCGCACCGAGAACGGAUCAUCUCCCUGAAGAAAGUAAAGAAAGUCCUCAGCUUGAAGAAACCUGUGAAACCCCGACCAGAGCGUCUGUUUUCCCUUUCAACACGCCAGACUAUCGCUUUGAGUGCAUCUGCGGUGAGCUGGGUAUUAUCGACUACAAGGCUCGGGUUCAGUGUAUGAACUGCCAGCUGUGGCAGCAUGCGGAGUGUGUCAACUACAAAGAAGAAAGUCUGGAAACGACACCUUUCUACUGCCCGCACUGCCUGGUGGCCAUGAAACCCGUCUCCACCGGGGCCACCCUCAUCAUCUCCCCGAGCUCCAUCUGCCACCAGUGGGUGGAGGAGAUCAACAGGCACAUCAGGUCCUCCUCGCUGAGAGUGCUGGUGAGUAAGCUGAUGGAUUUAGAGGAUGAUUGUUUGAUGUUUCUUUUAUCUCGAGGAGUAAAAUUUUGAAAUAUCACCGUCACACCAGGAUGUUGUUUCAUCUCAGGGUUUUUAUUUGUUAGUAUUUAACAACCUUUUCUGCCUAAUAGAGGCUGACGCACAUUUAAGAUCAUAAGAUUAUCAUUUGAGGUGUUUAACAUGAUCAUGGCAGGUUGAUAAAAUUGAGAAUUUCUGCUUCAACUCUCAGACAGCUCAGAUAAUUCAGCUCCCAGGCAGUUUCACUGGUGCUAUAUUCCCUGUAGAUGUUCCCUUCCGCUUCUGACUUUUGUCUCUUAAUAAAACACGUCCAAUCUUCUCCUCAACUAUCUUACAGAUAUUGUGUCUCAUAUUUCUAAAAAGCACACUCCAUCAAACUGUUUUAUAUUGUUGUCAAACCGUCUCUCUGCUCCCUAUCUCAGGUUUAUCAGGGUGUAAAGAAACACGGGUUCAUCCAGCCGCACAUGCUGGCCGAGCAGGAUGUGGUCAUCACCACCUACGACGUCCUGCGCUCAGAACUCAACUACGUGGACAUCCCUCACAGUAACAGCAAAGACGGACGCCGGUUCCGUAACCAGAAGCGCUACAUGGCCAUACCCAGCCCUCUGGUGGCUGUGGAGUGGUGGAGAAUCUGCCUGGAUGAGGCUCAGAUGGUUGAGUGUCCCACGGCUAAGGUGAGGGGAGGGAAAUCCACUUGACACUUUGACCCUGCCUGUAAUAAAUGUGAUAUAAGGAUGUAUGGUAGAUUCAAAACUCUUAAUUUUGAUCACAGUUUACCUUUGUUUCAGGCUGCAGAGAUGGCUCUGCGUCUUGCGUCUGUAAAUCGCUGGUGUGUCAGCGGUACUCCUGUUCAGAGAGGCUUAGAAGGUAACACUAGGCGCUGUAUCUGUGAGGGAGGCUUUGAAUGAGUCUCCUUGAUGUAAAUGUCACAUUUAGAGGUUAAAAAAAUCCACCUAAAUGAAUGUUUUUUUUCUACAGAUCUGUACGGUCUUGUGCUUUUCCUGGGAGUUGACCCUUACUGGGUGAAACACUGGUGGGACCAGCUGCUUUAUCGACCGUAUCGUCGUGGAAACACAGAGCCACUGUAUAAUGUGAUUGCCCAGAUACUGUGGAGAUCAGCUAAAAAAGAUGUCAUCGAUCAGGUAGGAAACAAACUUUUCCCUGAAAUGGAGAGCUUCUAGGUAACGUUUUCUAGGUGUGAUUAAUGAGCUCUUCUCCUUUGUGUUCCAGAUUCAGAUCCCUCCUCAGACAGAGGAGGUGCACUGGCUGCACUUCUCCCCCGUCGAGGGUCACUUCUACCACCGUCAGCACGAGGUCUGCUCUCAGGACGCUCUGGUCAAACUCAGGAAGAUCUCCGACUGGAGCCUGAAGCUUGGCAGCCUCGACCGCCGCACCGUCAACACCAUCCUGUGCCCACUGCUGAGGCUACGCCAGGCGUGCUGCCAUCCCCAGGCUGUGAGGGGGGAGUUCCUGCCCCUGCAGAAAAGGUAAGUGACACUUGGUUUUGUGUUUUCGGGACACUCGUCACAGAAGAGGGGUCUUUAUCAGAAAGCAGCUGCACAGGUUAAUUAACAAUCCCGCCAGACUAAAGAGAGUAUCACAGCUUUCGUGGCUGUUUGUUAAUCGUGUCUAUUUAUGUUUAUUUAAAAGUGACCCCUUCAGAUUAAUUAGUAUUUGUUGAGUGGGCUCGUCUGCUCUGCUUCCCUCCUCUCAGCACCAUGACCAUGGAGGAGCUCCUGAAGUCCCUGCAGAAGAAAUGUCGAGUGGAGUGUGAAGAAGCUCACAGACAAUUGGUGUGCGCACUCAACGGCCUGGCAGGAAUCCACAUCAUCAGAGGUACAAAUCCCCACUCCUGCGCUUGUGCUCCCUCUGCCCCCCGCUUUCCCAUGGGAAUCAGUUCAAAGAAGACACAAGCUGGGAUCUCAUCUUUGUGUCCGUCAGCACGUUUUGAAACCAGGAGGUUUUGUCUCAGCAGAUCUAUAUGUAUAACGUGGCUGAAUGUGCUGCGGCCGUUUCUAUAGCUUGCUUCAUUAACCGGUUUUGUGACAGACAGGCUGAGUGUCACCGACGACCACUUUGUCUUUUGUCACCUGCAGAUGAGUUCGUGGAGGCAGCGGAGAUGUACAGAGAAGUGCUCCGUUCAUCAGAGGAGCACAAAGGCCGACUGAAAACAGACUCUUUACAGGUAAACAGCCUCAUCCUAAUCAUGGGGAUUUACAUAUGAAGAGACCGUUUCAGAUAUUCAGACUUCUGUUUGAAAGUAUCAGUUUUCUAACCGCAGUUUAAUUUGAAAAGUUGUUGAAAACAUGUUUCUAUCUUGUGUCUUUUCACAACUGUGUCCAACAGAGGCUCCAUGCGACACAUAAUUUGAUGGAACUGCUAAGCGCAAAGCAUCCUGGGAUCCCUCCUACGCUGAGAGAUGACCGGCUAAGUGAAGAGGUUGCCUGAUAAUUUCAGACAAAGUUAUUAAUGGUUAAUUUUGAGGUUAGUUCUGUGAGUUGAAAAUCUCUUAUUGUCCAUGUCUCUGCAGGCGGAGCAGCUACGGCAACACUACAUGACCAAAUAUGACUCUGAGGUAGCAGACGCCCACCAAGGGCUCCAGCCGGUCCUGCAAAACAUAAAGGAGCUGAAACGCAAAGUAAGAAGUCUAUUACAUCCAUCCAUCUGUUAUCUAUACUCGUUCACUCCUGGGGGUUUUAGGGGGAUUGGCAUUGAGAAAAAGGCAGAGAACGGGUCGAUAGUCUAUCACAGGGCUGACAUGUUGAGACAAUCACUCUCAUUCACGCCUAAAGCCAAUUUAGAGUCACCUUUAACUAGACAAGCAUGUCUUUGAGCUUUCCUGGAGAGAGAGUCCAUUUUUACAAUUUUUUCCAUUUACCAUUCUUUACAUUUUUUCACCAAGAAGUCGCCCAAAUACUCUUAAAAUACUUGUUUUUUCACUCUAAAACAACGAAUCUUCAAUGUGAACAAGAGCACAUCUGACACGACAACAUACUUUUAUAUCAAAUAUUUGUUAUUACCACACCACUUUAACUCAAACAUUAUAUAAAACUGAUUCUGAUUAAAGGUACAUGAAGGUCUAGUUGGUCCCAAGAAUGAAUUGAUUUAUUUAGUUGCACAGAUUUUGGAUUAAAGUUCAUUCUUGACUGCCCACUGAGCAUUUUUUGGUCUAAAAUAAGGUCUAAUAGACAUGUAAAUGUAGCCUAGAAUCAGACUACCACAGGUCUACAAAUGAAAGUUUUUUAGACAUCUAAUUUUAGACCAAGUCUAGACUAGCCGGCAAACAGAGGUUAUCAAAUGACCCAUUAUCUGAUAACUUUUUAUUUCAAGAAGUAACUGUGAGUUGCUCUCCAAGCAACUUCUAAGUUCUGUCUAAAAAUAGACAGUCUAGACGGUUGAAAUUCAGUCCAAAAAAACAGACAUCUAAUAGUCGUCUAUUGCUCAGUGGGUGUAUCUAGGCAAACUGACAUAUAUACAGAAUUAUAAUGUGGUUAAGACUGAGCCAAGAACUCGAUUUCUUCAUAUACCACCUGUCAAGAAGAUGUUUAAUGUUUCAAAAUGGGUAAAAUUUAGAAUAAUUCUGAUCAGAACAAACUUCUUUUCUUUUCCUUUAGGUGAAGCUGGGUUCUCCCUGGUGGCUCGAUGUCAUCCAGAAGGCAAUUCGAAGCUCCAACGAUGACGAUCUGGUGUCCCGUGUGAAGAAUGAGCUGACAUCCAGCUACAAACAACAAGCGCACAAGCUCUCCAUGGCAGACAAGUACUCCAGUUAUUUAUUUUAGAAGUCAUGGAAGGAUCUUAUCUUUAUGGAAAGUGUUCUUUAAAAAAUGAAACGCUGUAUUUUUGCAGGUUUCGGGAUGCCUGUGGUCUGCAGUUCCUGCUCACAUCACAAAUGCAGGAUCUGAUGAAGUCCCAGAAGACAGUUCAGGAUGCGGUGAAGAGCCUCGAAGGCCCGGCUUCACAGAAAGUGAUCGAUGAAGCCACGAUCUGUCACCUCAGGCCGAUGAGACUGCCACUCAAUAAGUAAGACUUCAGCUUUUUCCUUUUUUUGGAAAGUACAUUAAUUUUUUGUCAAAGCUGUGGUGUUUAUAUCUUUGUAAGCAUUUUUUCUCUUGUGUUAUUUUUGGCAGUUGUGUCUUUUGCAAAGCUGAUGAACUUUUCACCGACUACGAGUCCAAGCUGUUUGCUCACACGUGAGUGGACCAACAUUUCAUUUAACUGCCAAGUAAAUAUCCGAAAAAGAAAUCGCUGAUUCAUGAGGAUGUUUCCCCGACAGGGUGAAGGGUCAGACGGCCAUCUUUGAGGAAAUGAUCGAAGAUGAGGAGGGGUUGGUGGAUGACCGUCUCCCCACCACCAGCAGAGGUUUGUGGGCCGCCAGCGAGACCGAGCGCACCCUGAAAGCCAUCUUGUCUUUCGCUAAAGCUAAACGCAUGGACCCUGAGCUGGUGGAGGAGGGCAACACUUUCAUGGAGCUGUUUGAGAACUGGAAGAAAGAGUACAAGGUUUGUGCAUCCUUUCACCACCACCCGUCUUCUUCUCCAAGCAAACAUGGCAGCACUUAACAAAAGAGUUUUGGAAAUCUGUGAAUGAGUUUGACUGAAUCUAGAGCCUUCCUUUUACCUGCUCAGGUGCUGCAUGAGUACUGGAUGGUGCUGAGGAAUCACGUGUCGGCCAUUGAUGAGCUGGGUAUGGCUACAGAGAGGCUCCGGGUUCGUCUGCCUGAUGAGCCAAAGCCCAAACUUCUGCACAUCAUCGAGCCACAUGAGGUGAGUUUCAGACGAUAAGACAGGUAUUGUUGUGAAAUUCCUCUUUAUCAUGUUUCACCCAGCAUAAUACCAUGUCACACCAACAACCUCAAAGGAGAAAAACUCUCCCACAUGAUCUAACUUAAAAGUUUAAUUGUUAGCACUACAUUUCAAUACUAUUAAAUAGUGAAAAUAACCCCAUACUAUCAAGUGUAAACAUGGAAAUAAACCACAAGUAGAAAGCCGGGCAGAAAGCAGAAAACUAAUAACUCCUCAAGACCAUAAUUUUUGUAUGUGUUGAUGUUAAAUCAGCAAAAAUCUUAGAGAUCACUUCCUAUUUCCCUUUUCAAACCUAUUGUUAAAGUUAUAUAUGUAAUAAAUGAGCUGAAAAGUUGCCCUCAGGUUUGUGUUCUUCCAAAUUUUUCAGGUUUGGCUGGUUUCGGUGCAUCAUAAAUACAAUGUUAAGAGCAAGCUGCAGACUGAACCAGUUUCCACGGCUUUAAUAUUCUGCCCCAACUAUUUUUAUGGCAUUCCUGACCUCUGACCCCCUCGGCUUGUUUUGCUUGCAGGUGGGGCAGAAUAGAGUGAAGCUCCUGAAUGACCAGGCGGUGGCCAAGUCUCAACUGCAAAAGAAGCUGGGACAGUAUCUGUACCUCACCAACCUGGAGAAGGUCAUUAUAAUUGCACAGUGAAUACACGGCGCAUAAAUCUGUUUCAGAGCUUAUUCUUAGACUUCAUCUCAAGCUGUGGGAUUUAAUAGCACUCAAAAUAAUUUGACUUUCCUCAUUCCAGUCCCAGGACAAGUCUACCGGAGGGCUGAACCCAGAGCCAUGUCCGAUCUGUGCUCGGCCCCUGGGACAGGAGGUAAGAUAGGUUUUUAGCCAUAAUGAUCCUGAGGUUGUGCCUCAGGUUAUUAUUUAUCAGAUUUUACCGUCUUUCUUAUCUUGAUUCAACAACUAUUAACGAGUUUUUGAAGGAGAAUAAUUGACAUUUACUUUACCUCUGGCAUAAAUAUGUUAUACUCUAAAUUAUUAUUCUUUUAUGUCCCGAAUGAAUUCACACUGAUCCAUAUUUCUGGCUCAAAUAAUCAUGGAUAUAAAGUGUUAAUGUACAUGGAAUAAGAGCUUUGGUUAUUAUAAAAUUUUUAGGUUUUAUAAACGGCAAAAAAAUUCAAUAUCUGCAUUGGUAUCAGCCCUGGAAAAACCCGUAUCAGUCACUUUAGCUAUCACCUUAUAAUCUCACUGUCUCUUAUUUCCCAGUGGGCAGUGCUGACUUGCGGCCACUGCUUCUGCAACGAGUGCAUCGCUAUCAUCGUGGAGCAGUACAGCGUCGGGUCGAGGCGGCGUGCCAUCAAAUGCGCCAUCUGCAGACAGACCACCUCACAUGCAGAGAUCUCCUACGUGUUCACCACGCAGUCAUCCAGUCAGGACCAAGACAUACCUGUGAAGGUCAGUCAGCUGCACCAAUUUGAGAGAAAUUGUUGGAUCUGGGUGUUAGAAUAAUUCAGUUUUGCUCUGUUUGGUGUAAAAGCUGUCGAUGCUGAUGUCUGGAUCGUUAGAAAAAAUGUCAUUUAUGACCAUGGAGGGUUUUUUUUUGUUUUCAUGCCCUAUAAUAUAUUUUACUCCCCCUGUGUCUGUCAGGGAAGUCAUUCUACCAAAGUGGAGGCUGUGGUGAGAACACUGAAGAAGAUUCAAGUGACCGACCCCGGGGCUAAGUGUCUGGUCUUCUCCACGGUAACUGCAAACUCAUCCCGCUCUGUGAGAUUUAUUUUAAUGUUACCCAGUUUGAUUCUGACUCACUUCUUUCCCUUUUCUUCCCCCGGACAGUGGCUGAGUGUCCUCGACAUCAUUGCCAAGGCCCUAUUCGACAACAACAUGGAGUUCUCUCAAAUCAACGGGAUUCACAAAUUCCAGGUUUGAAUUUUCUUUAAACCUUUAAAACUUAAUAACAUGUAAAGUUGGCUAAUGUUUUUUUUUGCGUGUUUAUAUGAAUUUCCAGGAGAAUCUUUGCUCCUUCAAAUAUGAAGAAAAGAUAAACAUCCUCCUCCUUCCUCUUCACACUGGCUCCAACGGUCUGAACAUCAUUGAAGCGACUCACGUGUUGCUGGUUGAGCCGAUCCUCAACCCUGCUCACGAGCUCCAGGCUAUAGGCCGAGUGCACCGGAUCGGCCAAACUAAGUAAGAAGCAGAGAAUCAAGUCUAUCAGUGGACAACAGCAGUUAAACCUUGGCCUGAUGAUAAAGCUGUGAUCAAGUUUCAACCUACAAGAAGUAAUAAACACUACUAUUCGAGACUUGUACCACCCACAGCAAUGACUCUCACAAUUUCAGUGUCUUUAAUUUAUCUAGAAAUUUAAUCUGUGUGUAUUUUGGGAGUUUUGUGGCUUCAAUCGUGUGUAUUUCUGUUGUUUCUAGGCCGACGUUUGUUCACAGAUUCCUCAUCAAAUCUACUAUUGAAGAGAGAAUGCAGGCAAUGCUGAAGACAGCAGAGAAAAGGUGAGAGACACAGCAAACAAUCAGUUGUAUAUUUUAUCCCUUUAAAGAUACAGUAUGCAAUUUUAGCAAAGCUUUGUCCUCAGUAGACCUCCUGGCCUUAAAGUAACAGCAGUCAGUAUCCUGUUACAUAUGCUUUCACUCUAUUGGUGGAUUGAGCCUGAAGGGCAUCUGCAGAAACACUGGAGUAGCACACAGAGCUGGAUUUAAUUGUGUAGCAUUACUUCAGUAAUAAAUCUAAACUUAGCCAGCUAGCUGUUACGGAGCUAAGCCGUGUGGGUUUAGCAUUGGCUGCGCUGUAAAUAGAGCUGAAAAGUCUUUAAAGUGGAAAGCUUUCAGUUUUAACAGCUCGCUCAUCCAUGUUAGCCAGCAAUAAAAUGAAUCCAAGGUCAUCCAGUUUCAAUACUGGUCUAUUACUGGUGCAAAUAAUGAAGUUUUUUUAAUUUCUGAGUUGGAUUUUGUGUGUUGUGUGGUUCCAUUUGUUUGUGGGAAAAUUCCCAAAAUGUUCAGGACUGUUUUAAAAAGCUCUAGCAAAAUUCCUGAGAGUUCCUGGGAAGACUUCUUAAAAUUUUUCCAGGGAAAUUUCUGAAAUUUUGCAGGACAUUGCCCUAUAAUUCCCCAAAAGGAAUGUUAUCAAAAGUUUCUCAAUAUGCUCUCUAAAUUUUAAAAGAAAAAUCUCAAAAAUUCCCCCCUAAUUUUUUGAGACAGAACUGUUGGAAAAGUCCCAAUAUUUUUCAUGAAUAUUCCUGAGAAGUUUACAGGAGAAUUCAACCAAAGUUUAAGGAAAACUCUACAAGAUCUGCAAGGUACGGAAAUGUUUCCAGGACAAUCCCAAAGGUUUAGAAACAUUUCUUAAUACCCAAGAAAAUUUCCUGAAUUUUUAAAGAAAAUUUCCAGAUGUUUUCUUGAAAAUUCACAGUAGUUUUUUGAAAAUUAGGCAAAACACUUGGGAGUUUGCAUAAACAUGACACACUUGAUUUUUUUCUUGUUAAAGUGUUCGUCAUGGGAAACCCAGAAAAACAGAGGGUUGUUUGUGCUGCUAACUCUUUAGACAUCAGCAGUACUAAUAACAAAUAUUUGAAAUUUUUGAGUCGUGCUUUAAAAUCUUAGUUAAAGGACUAAUUUCAUAUAAUUUUUUAUUCUAGUCACACCAGCACAGCCAUGAAGCACUCAGAGGCCGCCGUGCUGACGGUAGCCGACCUGGCUGAUCUGUUUACUGAAGACACAGAGCACCUGGAGUGAAUCUGAACACCUGAAUACAGAGAGAGGUGUCCCUGCUGAAGACUCAUGGCAGAGGGAGCUCACUCUUUACUAUGAUUUUGCACUUUUAACUUUUUUAUACCAACACUCUUAAAUUUUUUGCCAAAAAAAAUAUUUUAGCAGGUGGACGGACUCAAACUUGUGAUGUCUGAUCUCUUUGGAGUAUUUGUGUAUUUGGCUCACUUGUCAUAGAUGUAACUGAUUCAAUAACUCUGCUCUCAUGUUUGACUAGACUGUACAUUAUUGUUGCCUGUCUUAAUCUAAUAAUAAGUAUAUGCAUUUGCGCACAACUGCAGUGCAAGUUGAUGCAAUAUAAGUGAUGAAACACACACGACAAAGUCACACCGGUAGUCGAGGUGCUCUUACAACUUUCAGGAAAUAAAAGUUCCGUUGAUUGCAGGGUGUGGACCUGCUAUGACCAGCUCUUUUUGUCCGGUGCUUUUAUUGGGUUUUAUUUCCAUGUGGUAAAAAUGGACGCAGGAAGGAAGCCGUUGAAACCUUUUUUUACAGGAGCAGAAAUAAGAGAUUUCCCUCAGCCAGACAAUCUUAUUUGAGCUGUUUGUCUCCUGAAACAAUGUCCAACAAUUUGUCCGAGCCCUUGUGCCUGUCGUAUUUGCAACACAAAGAGGCACAAGAUUCAGUGUCUUGGAAACUAAUCUUGUAAAUUAAACUCAUAAAGGUCAGAAAA